AUGGUGAAAUCAUAUGCUGAACCCACAGCAAAUGACAUGUUUCUGUGGGAGGUACCACAACUAUCAUCAACAUUAAUAUCUAUCACAUCUAUGCAAAAGAAAGUAGCCGACGAUAUGCAGCUCCUCCGCGAGCAACAUCAAGUGGAGCUCCAAAUCCUCGAAGACAAACUCAAAACUUUGGUUAAAAAACCACAACAACAUGUACACGAAUCACAAUCCAGUUUUGAAGCUCAGAAACAAACUCAAUCAAUCCAAGACAAAGCAAAGCAAUCAACAUCAAUCGCUGUCGCUAAUAACAAGAAGGUCCAAGUCCAACUUGAAAAAGCAGCGGCCAAAUACCGUGUCUCUCCACAACCUAGUGUUCCUCCCCUUCAACCAUGUAAAGCACUGUCGCGAUUCACAAAGUGA